AUGUCAAACGUAAAGGCGUCCUCUGUUCCAGUACUUCCUGGCUCAGAACGUCCUGAUUAUAGAGGUAAAUGUCUCUAUAAGACGGGCAAAUGCUUGAAUGAACGAGCACUUAAGACGUCCGGAACAGCUCAUAAUCUCUGCAAUGAGCACCGGAAUAGACAGAAUCGACAUCAGCGCAAACUUGACGCUAAAAACCGACUGUAUAAACAAGAGCGACGAGUCUCGACCAAGGAAAAUAGGAAGGAACGGCUGACACCGUAUCGAAGAAAGAAACAUCAGUCACUUGAGACUUCAGUUGCCUUGUCGGACGAUACCGAUUCAGGCGACAAUAUUGCUGCUUUUCCAGCUACUUCACCUCCAGCUGCUGCUGCUGCUGCUGACGCGACUGUGGAUGGAGUGCCGUCUGUACCCUCGACGACACAAGCAACAGGUUCGGCCACGUCUGGCAAUGGGAUCAUGCUCGUGUCGAAUAAGUCGCCGGUGCCGCAGAUGGCCAAUCCUUUUGUACUGCAAGACUUUGACGGCAUUGUGGUCCCCCUGCCGUCCUAUCUCGAAGGGCCAGAGCGAAUUGAGUUUCGAUCACGGAUUUACCAAAAGGUGCUGGACUUUAUUUCAGAAGAGUGCAUCUUGCGCUUCGGUGCCAAGGUCGAUUCCACCUCAGUUGAUGCUUCAACUGCCACAGAUACGGCACCUAUAACCCUAACGAGCAGCAGCAACAGCCUCAAGACUGAACCUCAAUCAAACAGCGAGGAAUAUGCGCCGACUUCGAGUAACGAUCACCUCCUGGCUGCCAGCACGUCGCAUGUACAGCAAAGCACGUUGUCGGCAACAGAAAAGUCCAAGACCACCAACACUACUAAGAAGGUGCAUUGA